UACAUGUUGCUUGCACCAUCUACAAUCAUCGAUCGCUCCUUUUCAAGAAUUUUCAUAGAUUUUUUUAAUGCUACCCGUAAUUUGGUACAAAUAAUAAAUUAUUCUAAUAUUUCUAUAAAUUACAUUCUCCUUCAUUUUUCAAUUGUGUGAAAAUAAACAUGACAACUGCAUUAUACCUGGAGCAUUAUUUAGAUAGUUUGGAGCAUUUACCUAUUGAACUACAAAGAAACUUCACUUUAAUGAGAGAUCUCGAUGCCAGAGCACAAGGAUUAAUGAAAGACAUAGAUAAAUUAGCAGAUGAUUAUUUGAAAAAUAUGAAAAAAGAAUCUCCAGAAAAGAAGAAAGAACAGUUGACCCACAUUCAAAAUUUGUUCAAUAAAGCAAAAGAAUAUGGCGAUGACAAAGUUCAGUUAGCAAUACAAACAUAUGAAUUAGUAGACAAACAUAUUAGGAGAUUAGAUUCAGAUUUGGCUAGAUUUGAGGCUGAGAUACAAGAUAAAGCAUUAAAUAGUAGUAGGGCACAAGAAGAGAAUAAUGCUAGUAAAAAGGGUAGGAAGAAAUUGAAGGAGAAGGAGAAACGAAAGAAGGGAGCUGUAGGCACAAAUAGUGAAGAUGAGUCAAAAUCAGCUAGGAAAAAACAAAAGAAAGGAGGAUCUGUUGCCUCUGCUUCGUCAGCUGGAGCUGUUGGAAGUGGUGCUCAAGUAGAUUCUACUGCACUUGGCCAUCCAGCAGAUGUUUUAGACAUGCCAGUAGAUCCUAAUGAACCAACUUAUUGUCUGUGUCAUCAAGUUUCUUAUGGAGAAAUGAUUGGUUGUGAUAAUCCAGACUGUCCUAUAGAAUGGUUCCACUUUGCAUGCGUUGGAUUAACUACAAAACCUAAAGGAAAAUGGUAUUGCCCAAAAUGUACACAAGAUAGGAAGAAGAAAUAAGUUCUAGAAAAUGCAUAAAUAUAUCCAUCUAUUUUAAAAUGAAACAAAAGAUUUAUGCAUCAUUUCUAAAAUAACGAUAUAACAUCGUUUCAUGGUUUAACAUGAAACAAAGUUUUAUUGUAUAAAAGUAAAUAAAUAGGAAAUUUGUAAAGAAAAAAAAA